GUCGGGGUAACAGCAGUCAGCGAUUUGGUGAAAGGAGUUUGAGUUGCGGUCAUUUUGUCAUCUCUCCAUCCAUAAUGUGCGCUAGUGAUGCGGAUUAUGAUGCUGUGCUUAGUUUCUGGGCUCCUGUGAAGGCUGAGCCCCAAAUCUACGGGGAGAUUGUUCUUCAGCGCAUGUUUGAGACCAAACCAGAUAGUCAGAAGCUGUUCCCCAAGUUUGCGGACCUUUCCAAAGAGCAACUGCAGAACAAUCCUGACCUCCAGGCCCAUGGAGGAAUUGUCCUCUGCAAGCUGACAGAAUUCCUGCAAGAUAAAGGGCAGGGCAAAGCUGUGACAGAUCUGGCAGAAACUCAUGCCAAGCAGCACAAGAUCCCUCGCAUCUACUUUCAGAUCAUCAGUGAUGUCAUUGUUGAAGUGGCAGCAGAGAAGAUUGAAGGAUUGAGCUCUGAUGCUCGAACAGCCCUGAAGAAUGUGCUGAAGACGUUUCAAACUAAAAUGGGAGAGUGCUAUGAUGUGCUGGGAUUUGAUAAAUGAAUAUAUUUGUUAGCUCUGUUCAUCUGAUGCUGCUUGACUCCUGUAUGAAUAAAACUACUAAAGUGA